GCCGCUUGCCGCUCAUCACGCUUCCACUGUAAUCACGGUUGUUAUGUUACAGCGUUGUGGGCUAUAUUUUUGUGUGUUGCUCUGUUUCGCGAAGUCGUGAGACCUUAGUGAUGUCGGUGUUGUUGCUAGAGCCGUUCUACGGCGGCUCGCACAAGCAGCUGAUAGAUUUGCUGAGCGAGGACCUAGGAGUAUGCCGCUUGGUCACGCUGCCGCCGAACAAGUGGCACUGGCGUGCGCGCACGGCAGCUCUGUGGCUUGCAGAGCGCAUAGAACCGUCAGAUCACUAUCGUGUGCUGAUGGCCAGCGGCACGCUCAACCUCGCCGAACUUCUGGGGCUACGGCAAGACCUGGUGCCUCUGCGAAAGGUGCUUUACAUGCACGAGAAUCAGCUAGCCUACCCAGUGCAGAAAGAACAGCUGCGCGAUUACCAGUACGGUUACAACCAGGUGGUGUCGUGCUUGGCGGCUGACGUGGUGCUGUUCAACUCUCACUUCAACCGGGACUCAUUCCUGGCAGCUGUGGAGCCGUUCCUAAACCGAGUGCCAGGUGCGGGCCACCUGGGGCCCCUGCGGCCUCAACUGGAGGCCAAGGCGCGAGUGCUGUCCUUUCCGGUCAAAGUGCCGCCAUUGUUCCCAGCUCUGUACAGGGACCCCACCUCACCCCUGCAUGUUGUCUGGCCUCAUCGAUGGGAGCAUGACAAGGGACCCGAGGAGUUCGUGCAAGUGUUGCUCGAGCUGCACUGCCUUGGCAUGGCCUUCCAUGUGUCUUUCCUCGGACAGGAGUUUGAGAAACUGCCUCCAUCUCUGCUUGGAGUUCGAGAGGAACUGGGAGGCCACAUCCGUUGUUGGGGUCCCCUGCCGGACCGAGAUGAGUACCUGGCUCUGCUGCGCAAUGCGGAUGUUGUUGUUUCCACUGCCCUUCAUGAAUUCUACGGGGUCGCCAUGUUGGAAGCAAGCCUGCUUGGCUGCUACCCGCUGUGUCCAAAUCGACUUGUCUACCCGGAGAUCUACCCUCGAUGCUGUCUCUACAACACCAGCCGGCAGCUGUUCAAGAGGCUGCGCAGCUUCUGUAGGAAACCCGAGGUGGCACGAAGGACUGCCCCCAAGCUGGAUCGCAGCCGCUUCACUUGGGAGUCAUUGCGGCCAUUCUACCGGGAACUGCUGUUGCCGCCUGGUGAAACCAGCUGAUGCUGUCUUCUUGAUUUGGGUCCAAGGAAAUAAAGCUGUAGAAGGUCUAAUAAAGCAAGGUACUUGUAAAGAA